AUGGCUUCAGCUGUUGGGGUGUCGGGGAUGGUGGGCAAACCCCUGAGCUUGAGUUCCAGGUCGAGUGGUGUGUCGAGCCCCACCACCAGCUUCAGAACAGUGGCGCUUUUCGGCUCCAAGAAGAAGGCGGCGCCACCCAAAUCUAAGUCGGUCUCUCCAGCUGACGAGGAGCUCGCCAAGUGGUACGGACCUGACAGGAGAAUUUUUUUGCCCGAUGGACUUUUGGACAGAUCAGAAAUCCCCGAAUACCUGACUGGAGAAGUUCCUGGAGACUACGGGUAUGAUCCCUUUGGCCUUAGCAAGAAACCUGAAGACUUUGCCAAAUAUCAAGCAUAUGAGCUCAUCCACGCUCGAUGGGCAAUGCUCGGUGCUGCUGGUUUCAUCAUCCCUGAGGCGUUCAACAAAUUCGGAGCUAAUUGUGGCCCUGAAGCUGUUUGGUUCAAGACUGGUGCCCUGCUUCUUGACGGGAACACUUUGAAUUAUUUUGGAAAGAAUAUCCCCAUUAAUCUUGUUGUUGCUGUGGUUGCUGAGGUCGUACUCGUGGGGGGUGCCGAAUACUACAGAAUUAUAAAUGGUUUGGACUUGGAGGACAAGCUUCAUCCUGGAGGCCCUUUUGACCCAUUGGGGCUUGCAAAUGAUCCUGACCAGGCAGCGUUGUUGAAGGUGAAGGAGAUCAAGAAUGGACGAUUGGCCAUGUUUGCUAUGCUUGGCUUCUUCCUUCAGGCGUACGUUACGGGGAAAGGUCCCGUUGAAAACCUGGCAGCACAUUUGAGUGAUCCUUUUGGCAACAACUUGCUCACGGUUAUCUCUGGUUCUACUGAAAGAGUUCCCACUCUGUAA